AGGAUGCGCAUGCGGAGGAUUCUGUGAUGCAAUAGAGGGGAGACGUAUGGUUGUGUUUUGGGAGGUUGGAUGGGUGUUCGGCAGGUUGGAUGACGGGUAGAACGAGGACUGCAGGCUGACGAACUUUUGGGUCUUUGUUCUUAUCACAGAUGAAGGUCGAAAUCGACUCGUUCUCCGGCUUCCGUAUCUACCCCUCCAAGGGUCGUCUCUUCAUCCGUGGCGAUAGCAAGAUCUUCCGCUUUGCUGCCUCGAAGAAUGAAUCCCUUUUCCUCCAGCGCAAGAAUCCGCGUAAGAUCGCCUGGACACAACUCUACCGCCGCAUGCACAAGAAGGGCAUCACAGAGGAGGUCGCUAAGAAGCGCUCGCGCAAGACCGUGAAGCAUCAGCGUGGUAUCGUCGGUGCUGACCUCGCCGCCAUCGCCGCCAAGCGCAACCAAACUGCUCAGGCCCGUACUCAGGCGAGGUUGACCGCCAUCACGAAGGCUAAGGCAGAGAAGAAGGAGAAGGAGUCCAAGAAGCCGAAGCCUACGCGUGCGGCUGCACCUGCUGGCUUGAAGAACGUCUCGAAACAGGGUGCGAAGGGCGGCAAGGGUGGCCGUUAAGCAGCAUCAUCUCGUGCUUUGUCUUCGCUCUCGUCGUUCCAUUCUUCACUACCCUUACCUCUCAUUGGGAUAUUCUUAUGCCACCCAUGUAUCAUGAUGCCUCGCCUCCAUGCCUCAAAAUCACUAUGGCUCUCAGCACGCACGCAUCAUCCCGCUACGCUGGGUUGCUAAUGAAUGGAUGAUCGAGAUAAAUGGCUCGAUGUUGCAUUU